AUGUUAUUAAAUAGAUUUGAAUCUUCAUUAUCAGAAUCUUCAAAUAUUUCUGCAAUGUUAGAGUCUUUGAAUUUUCUAAUAGCACUAUUAAUAAAAUCAGAAUUAUGUUUUUCAAGUACAUCAUUAUGCAAUAAUUUUAUUGAUUUAAUAGCUGCUUUGAGUAAAUCUUUAUCAGACCUUGAAAUUCCUAAAAUAGAUAUUGAUAGUUUAAUACAAAUUACAAAUGAUGAAUUAGAUACUAUUAACAAAACUUAUAAUUUAUUUACAAAAAAGCUUUAUAUAAAUAAGAUUCAAUAUUUAUCAAUUUUUAUUAAAUAUCUACCAACAUCCUUAGAAAGUAUAGCAAUUAUUUAUAAUAUUUCUAGAUGGAAUGAUUAUAAUAUUGCAUUUUCAGAU